GAGUCUUCUUUGAUCAAACUGACUGGGGCUCAGCUCUCCCCUCGCCCGCCCUUGAACUCCGCCGCCAUCCCUCCCCUCGCCGCCCCCUGAGAUCGCCGCUUGCGAGGUAGUAUUACAUUCCUCUGGUCGUGCCAUGAUCGUUGGAGAGCCAGUCUUGCCGUGCCGGGCCGUGCCGUCCGUGCAUUUUCUGGAGCGCCGCCGGUUUGUGUUUCGCCCUUCCCCUGGGCGGAGCGCCGCCGAUCUGUGGUCUCAUCUCGCCCCUUUCUCUGGUGCUCCACCCCCGUCCCAUCCUCCCCUGGUCGCCUCUCGUCAGAUCCGGGCGUUCCCUCGCCGGAUCUGGUGCUCGGGCGCCCUCCCGGUCGUUUCCCGGCCAGAUCAGGGCAGCUCCCCGACGGAUCAGCUGGAAGCAAGUGGAAACCAGCUAUCUGUGUGGUCAUUGUGGAGGUAUUCAACACCGGGACUAUACUGCUAGGCAAGCUAGCACUUGAUGGCGGCAUGUUCGUAUUCUCCUUGCUCUCAUACAGAAGUGUUCUUGGUGCCGUUUUCAUGUUGCCAUUUGCCCUAUUCCUUGAAAGAGGGAGGUGGAAAGAGUUGAACAUGAAAGCUCUUGGAUGGCUCUUUAUCAAUGCAUUUGUUGGAUACUCUCUGCCCAUGGCAUUAUACUACUACGGGCUCCACGACACGACUGCUUCAUAUGGUGUGGUCUUCUCCAGUCUGACUCCCCUCUUCACCUUUGUCCUUUCACUAUUGCUUGGCAUGGAGAGCUUGCGCCUCAAGUCUAAGGAGGGCAGCGCAAAAGUGGUUGGGGCACUGGUGUGCUUUGCUGGGGCUCUUCUGAUUAGCCUGUACAAGGGAGAAGAACUUCAUCUCUUGUCUCCAGUUUUAAAGGGCAUCACUAAGAGUUCUCAUGGAGUAGCCGGAGGACACCACCACUCGAGGGGCACCUUGCUUUUGCUGGGAGAUAGCAUCUGCUAUGCGUUUUGGUACCCUAUCCAGGUCAAAGUUCUAAAGGUCUACCCAUGGAAACACUGGUCAACUGUAUUGACCUGUGUUCUAGGUGGUUUGCAAACCUGUGCCGUAGGAAUAAUUAUGAGAAGGGACAAACUGGCUUGGCAAGUUGGAUGGAACAUCCAACUAUUAACAAUUGUUUACUCAGCUGCACUUGGCACAGCAGCCAAGUAUUGGUUGAAUCUCUAUGCCGUGGAAAAACGGGGCCCAGUUUUUCCACCCAUGUUCAGCACUCUGUCAAUUAUCUUCACGAUGGUUCUUGGGGCACUACUACUAGGAGAAACUCUCACAGUUGGCAGCUUGUUGGGCAGUGCGUUUGUUUUCAUUGGACUGUACACGUACCUCUAUGGAAAGGCAAGAGAGGUACAUGCAAAGACAGCACCAGGUUCAAGCCAUGAAAGUCUUCAAGUCCAACCUGUCCCUGAUUCAAAGUGUGACGAUCCAGAAUCGGGUCCUUGAUUCUGGGGAAACUAUUCCUGUAAGGAGCUUUGAAUGUGCAGUUGACAUCAGCUGUGGUUAGCAUGUGAGAUAGUGAAGCAAGAUGGUCUAACCAAUCCUAAGGCGUGUCGUGCUGCAUUAAUGUCUUGUUGGAUUAUAUGAUUGUGUUGGUGUUUUGUUGAACUAGUAUUUUGUGCUAUCUAGUGACGUUAUUUGGAGAA